AUGAGAGUUUUUCGGAAAAACUUUUUGCGCGAAGGAGAAAUAGGAAUCAUUCCUUCGGGUGGAUACAGAUUUAAAGAUAACCAGUCGCGCAAAGGCACGCAAUGGUUAAUUUUGAAGGAGCGUGAGUUAGGUCAUCGGAUAAUUCACGCGGGACGCGGACGCGAGUAUCGUUUAGCGGAAGGCAUGCUCAUCGACGGAUAUUACGAAUGCGAGAAUGAGGGUGAGACGCGGCGUCACGUCUUGCAAUUUCACGGUUGCUUUUUUCACGGAUGCCCGUCUUGCUAUCCAUUAAAUCGUGAUAAAAUGCUCGAAAAUUUUAACGACACAUUUGACGCACGUUACGAACGAACGGUUGCAACGUCUUGGCGAUUACGUCGUCAAGGAUAUAUCCUAACAGAAAAAUGGGAGUGCGUUUUCGACGAAGAAAUGCGCGAGAAUCGAGAGAUGCGAGAAUUUCUCGAAAAGUACCCCAUGGUGCAAAUCCCACCUCUCGACCCUCGCGAUGCAUUUUUCGGCGGACGCACCGACAAUAUCGCGACUCGAUACGAGGUUACGGGCACCGAGAAGAUACGGUACGUAGACGUAUGUUCUCUGUACUCGUAUGUACUCAAGACCGGAGUUUUUCCAAUUGGUCACCCGGAUAUUUAUGUGGGCGAGGAAUGCGCCGAUUUAAUUGGAAUCGCACCAAAUUUUAAUUUUACUCCGGUCGAGGGUCUCGUAUGUUGCCGAGUACUCCCCCCACGUGAUCUCUUCCACCCUGUACUACCGUACCGCGUGCGCGGUAAAUUAUUAUUUGCUCUUUGCCGUACAUGUUGCGAAUCAUUUUCUCGCGACGCGUGCACUCACGACGAUCCUGCAGAGCGUGAGUUCGAGGGCACAUGGGUGUCCUGCGAAUUACGCAAAGCAGUCGAAAAAGGAUAUCUCGUGACGCGGGUAGACGAAAUUUGGCAGUACAAAUCUACGCGUUAUAACCCCGAAACGCGACAGGGAGGGUUGUUUACCGAAUACAUCAACACUUUUUUACAACUGAAACAAGAGGCGAGUGGGUGGCCGAGCGAAUGCAACGACGAUGUUGCUAAAGAAUGCUACCUGAGGGAGUAUGAAGCAACCGAAGGUAUCAUUCUCGAUAAAAACAACAUCGUACGUAAUUCCGGCUUACGCUCCGUCGCCAAACUCUGCCUUAAUUCGUUUUGGGGGAAAUUCGGCCAGUGGAGUAACCUGCCGAAUACAGAAAUAAUAAGAUCCCUUCAGCGUUUCGUCGAAUUGCUGUCGAGUCCUGAACACGAGAUAGUCGGU